AGCUGCAGCCGCGGAACAGACGCAGACGAGAGCGCAUGGAGCGCAACAAGACGCCGAGCGGACCGGCACAGUGCCGCACUCCGUGAGACUCUGGCACCGGCGGAUUUUUUUGGGUUCAUCCGCAGGUUGGACAUCGGGAUUUUUCGUUUCUUCCAAAGCGUGCGUAAAUUGACCGGAGAGGUUUUGGGGGAGUGGACUGACAGCUCCCCCCCCCCCAAAGAACGAGAAAAGGAGCAACAAAAGCGCCCGAAGGACAGAGAGAGGCGAGGCGAGGCGAGUGCCUGGUGGUGGACAGAGAUGCUCUGUGCGUUUUCAUUUCGUUCCUGCAAAGAUGUCGCUGGCGCGCGCUGCUGCGUAAAGAAGAAAACAAACUCCGACUGCUUUCAUAUGUCUGCAAAACGCCACCAGACGCACCGGGGACUUUUCUCCUGAGUGAACUGUGAGCGGAGCUGUGAUUUCAAACAGAAGGAGAAGAAGAAGAAGAAGAAGAAGGAGGAGGAGGAGGAGGAGGAGGAGAAGGAGGCACUGGGCUUAAAAAGAACAAACCAAACCAACGACUGAGAGUCGAGUCACCGAACAGUUAGGAACCAUGGUGAACUUUCACAACUCGGACCUAUGGAUAGCCUGGAUGAUCAUCUUCUGCAUGGAGGGUUCAAGGUUUGAUCUACACACGGGGAAAGUGUGUGUGCGGGCGCUGGACGUGACCGUGGCCCAGAGCAGCAUCCAGGUGGCCCGCGGCCAGGCGGCCGUCCUGCCCUGCUCCUUCACCACCAGCGCGGCGCUCAACAACCUCAACAUCAUCUGGAUGGUGAUACCGCUGUCCAACGCCAACCAGCCAGAACAGGUGAUCAUUUACCAGGGCGGCCAGGUGUUCAGCCUCGCCAACCACCUCAACGGCCGCGUGGGCUUCGUGGCCACCAUGCCGAGUACAAGUGCCUCCAUCUUCAUCAACAACACCCAGCUGUCUGACACUGGGACCUACCAGUGCCUGGUCAACAACCUCCCGGACAGAGGGGGGCGCAACAUCGGCGUGAUCGGCCUCACCGUGUUGGUGCCCCCGUCGGUGCCAGCGUGUCGAAUCCAGGGCGCGCUGGAUGUCGGCAGCGACAUCAUGCUGUUCUGCAGCUCCGAGGAGGGCAUCCCCACGCCGUCCUACUCCUGGGAGAAGCUGGACGCGCUGCCCAAGCUGCCGCACAACGCCAUGCAAGACCAAAUGCAGGGCACCGUCACACUGAGAAACAUCAGCACCAGCACCUCAGGACUCUACCAGUGUACCUCCAGCAACGCGAUUGGCAAGAGCACCUGUCUGCUCAACCUGCAGGUUGUGGCGCCUCAGCCUCAGAGCGUGGGUCUGAUAGCAGGGACCAUUGCUACGGGAGUGCUGGCCGUCAUCAUCUGCUCCCUCCUGGUGGUGGUCACGCUCUUCUACUGGAAGAACAAGAACAAAUACGACGAGGAGGAGAUCCCCAACGAGAUCAGAGAAGACGACCUCCCUCCCAAGAGGUCGUCGUCGGUGAAGGCUUUCCACGCAGACGCGUCGUCCUCGGAGAACGACACGCUGACGUCGACCAACACGUACAACAGCCGCUACUGGCACAACCCCAAAACCAACUACGACACCAACUCCUACACGCGCUACAACGGGGACACGCGUCAGACCUUCUCCACCGCCGCCCACGCCGCCCACGGACACGGACACGGACACGGACAGGCCCAGAACGCAGGGCACGGCCACGGCACAACAGCGGCCACGGCGCCCGGUUCGGCGCCGCUGUCUCGGCACGCGCAGCCCGCCGCGGUGGCGGCGGCGACGGCGUUUGCCAACGGCAGCCACACGCUCCCGCCGCCCAAGACUCUGGUGGUCACGACGAACUCUGCCCCGUCCCCUCCCGCCAUGGUGCGCAGCAACGGCACCGUGAGCCUCAAGCCGGCGGUGACGUCGGCACACGGGCAACACACGCACUCCUACGCCGUGAGCCAGGCCACGCUGGAGCGGAUGGGGGCAGUGCCCGUCAUGGUGCCCGCGCAGAGCAGAGCCGGCUCGCUGGUCUGAGGCCCGGUUCGGCGGACGGGGCAGGGGGUCGACGAGACGAGACAACACGAGCGUUUUUGUCGGACGCGUUUGAAAAUGACGGACGGAUUCUGGGCUGAAGCCGCCCGCUGCCCUUUACAACUGUGUCUUUCUGUGCGUCCGGACCUUUUUUAUCUCAACGCAAAAACAGGGAUUUUACAGUGCAGAGUUCAUUUAAAUGCCAAUUCCUCGAUGGACAGGACGCCUCCAUUUUGUGGACAAGACAGCACAACGUGGAAUUGAUUCGUCCCUUGUUUCGUGGAUGGAUUGUCCUGACGGGGUGCGGUUGGAAACGACAGUUUUUUAACCACUUGGAUGAUUUCACAGAGCCGGAGUGGAUUUCUCCUGCAGAACCUUGGCUCCCCAGAAGGGAUUCAGGGGCCGGAUCGUUGUGAUGAUUGUGGUUUGUUUUUUUGGGGAGUCACGGCAACACAAGGCAUUUUCAUCUCCGUGUGUCCAUCGGCAUAAACGCAUGCGUGUCCCUGGUUUUUUUGGACGACAAAUUAACCAUUUGUUACUUCUAAUGAUUUCCUCUCGGUUGUGAUUUUGAUUCACGUUACUGAUGGUGAUGAAAGUGAAUGUUCAAAUCUGUGUUGGAAGAAACUUCAGAGAUGAAAGUAUACGGUUCAAAUGGCCUUAGGAGCUUAGAGAGAGAGAGAGAGAGAGAGAGAGAGAGAGAGAGUUAUAUCGGUUGCAAUACAUCACAUGCUAUACUUUUACUUCAUUGAAUGCAAACAUUUUUUUUUUUGGUGUUGCACUUUUCAGAGUCAUUUUUAUAUCAAAUCUGCUGUCUUAUGAGUAAUAAUUAAUUAGUCUUACCACUGCGAUGCUUUCACAAUACUUUCCACAAACAGAAACACUACUUGCUCCCUGAUUUAAACUUGAACCUGCGGGGCGGAUGACGUCGUCGUCGCCGUCGUCGCCGCCGCCGCGUUCAUCCUCGCUGUCGUCCUCAUCCGGGUUCAUGUCACAUCAGUUCUGCGGUGAGAGGACGUGUUAUUUCAUAAUGGCUUUAUAAAGAGACAAAUAUAUAUAUAUAUAUUUAAAAGGUGACCCCCCCCCUUCUCAUAGCCUUUUCACGAAGGCGGACAUCUACUGUUUUCUACUGUACAUAUUGUAUUUAUACAACAGUAGGCUAGAUUGUGAAUCAAAGAAAAACGCAUUACAUGUCCGGCUGAUACAUAUUUUACAACUCACGUGUCUUAAUUUCAACACUUCUUUUCCCGACAUUAGACGACAAGCUGGGUUUAUUAGACCGCCGAGGGAUUUUUCAUCUUCCAGUGAGUUCGGCCAUUUCAUUUGCCAGCUCUCAAGAUGAAUAUACGGUACGGUUGAACACUAAUGACCAGAUGUUUAACUAGUAAUAAUAGACGCCGAUGCUGUAUAUGGUAGAGAGUGUCACUGUGUUUCCGACCUUCUAUAUUAUAUAUUUGGUUUUUUUAAACCAAAUUUCAACGCUGGAAAAAAAUCAUAAAAUUUCAUAACUUGUGUGUUACAUGCAUUAUUAGAAAGAAUGGAAUCUAUUUUUCUGAAAAUGAAUUUCUCCAUAGUUUCUCUACAAAGGUCUUUUUGUGCUAACUUUACAAAAAAAAACUGCUCCAACAUUAACAAAUUCAAUUUCAUGAUUAUGAUGAAAACUGUUUUUCAUUAUUAUGACUCCAUCCAGAUACUUUUAGGGACAAUUUUUUUCCAAGGUGAGAAGACAUUUAUGUCUUUUUAGUAGGUUUUAUUACACUUAAUUGAAUUACUAAACAUUAAAAACAGGGAGAUUUUAACAGUUGAAUUAGAGUGUGUUUAUUAACUUCUGAUUCUAAACGGAAGAAACUACAAAUAUUUGGAUCAUAGGGAUAUUAAAUACCAGUCAGGAUAAUGUGCAUUUAUAUUGAAUUCAGUUGUUCCGUAACGGUUUAUUAUCAGAUGCAGUUCACACGGAUCUGGAUGACGCAGUAAUUCUGUAUUUUUUCCCCCCAGAACUUUUCUCUGGGAGUGAUUGGUUUUUUAAUCUACAUUUUUGUUUUUAUUUUACCACUAUAUUAGUUCUGCAAUAUAAACCAGUUUCCAUCGAGUACAAAUGGGCUGCUUUGUCGACAUGCAUGAGACCCACUCCCUUCUUUUCACAGACUUUUGUAUUUCAUGUUAUUUUUUUCAAACUUUUUCCUCAAGGCUGUGUGGCAGAGCUGCAUGUACAGCGCAGUCCGCCUGCAAAUCACACACACACACACACACACACACACACACACACACACACACACACACACACACACACAGUGAUUUGAAAGUAAAAAGAGGCUGAUAGAGGUCAAAAGAUCAAAUGUUGGUACUUUUCAUCCCGUCCGCUUUGGCUGACUGUGUUUUCAAAGUCUUCUGUCUGUGUAGAUUUUCUCCUCAGCAUUUCACCCGGUGUCCCUGCCCCGAGCACUGGCUCACGCAGGAAGUAAAAGAAUAACUUUGUCUUCUAAGAAUUCUGGCUUUAUUCUUCGCAGAGAGAGAGAGAGAGAGAGAGAGAGAGAGAGAGAGAGAGAGCGGCUCGCUGGAAAAGCUAAACUGAGAUUAUUUCACACGAACUCGCCCCUCCGUUUGCGAUGGAGGGACGGGAGCACGAUCAGUAGAAGUCCACUGAGGCCAUGACCCAGAUGGAGCAAACUUCUCAUCUUCUGCCCCAAACCAAAGCUUGGCAUAUGGGUUGUAUAUAAAGAUAAUUAAUAACCUGUGGUGUAUUGCCAAUAGUUUAAAAAAUAUAUAUAUAAAAAAAUAAAAACAAUCUGUACAUAUGUAUAUAAACACAUCUUGUUCUUACUGUUGGGUUGAAAUGAAAUAGGAACAAUAACACUGGAACUUGUAGUGAAUAAAAUAUUGUUAAUACAUUCUA